AUGUCACUCGUUUGUGCGUGCCCUAUUCUCGAAUGCGUCUACUGUUUAGGUUGUGCUCGUUGGGCAUGGAAGAAAUGUCUAUACACCGCCGGUCGAGAAAGCGAGAACUGGGGUUUCGCGACUUCAACUGAAUUCGAACCUGUCCCACGCAUUUGUAGAUAUAUUUUAGGCGUUUACGAGUUCGACAUCCGUAACCCACUCUGGGCUCCGCCAGGAGGAUAUGGAAUUAAUCCCGAUUCCGUGGUUUUGAAGAAAAAUUACGACGAAAAUCAAGGGAAGGUGUCGCCUUAUAUGAUUUACAUCGAUAAAGACAAUCAAGAUAUACUUUUGCUAAUUAGCGGUUUAAAUAUGGCAAAAGAAAGUGAUUUUUUACUCUUACUUGAUGAUAAAUUGGGACAGACGAAGUUUGAUGGAGGGUAUGUUCAUAAUGGGUUAUUGAAAGCUGCUCAAUGGGUGUUUGACACGGAAUGUGAUGUUUUGAAAGAAUUGGUUGAAAAAUAUGAGGAUUAUACUUUGACUUUUGCUGGACAUUCCUUAGGGGCAGGGGUUGUUACUUUGUUGACUAUGCUGGUGGUGAAGAACAGAGACAAAAUUGGAAAUAUUGACCGAAAAAGGAUCAGAUGUUUUGCAAUUGCUCCUGCUAGAUGUGUGUCGCUGAAUUUGGCUGUCAGAUAUGCUGAUGUCAUUAAUUCUGUUGUUCUUCAGGAUGAUUUCAUGCCUAGAACAAGUGUAGCAUUGGAAGUACUCUUCAAGUUCCUAUUUUGUUUCCCAUGCAUAUUGUGUGCAACUUGUUUAAAGGAAACAUGCACACUGCAAGAGCACAUGCUUCAAGAUCCAAGACGUUUAUAUGCACCUGGUCGCCUUUAUCAUGUUCUUGUCAGGAAACCAUUCGGGGUUGGGAGAAUUUCACCUACUGUGAAAACAGCUGUGCCAGUGGACGGGAGAUUUGAGCACAUGGUUAUCUCAUGCCAUAUAAUUAGCGAUCAUUCCAUUGCUUUAAUGGAGCGCGAGUUUCAAAGUGCACUUGAUACAUUGAAGGAGAAAGAUCAUGUGAUGGAUAUCCCGACACAACAAAGGAUGGAAAGGAGUACGUCUUUAGCCAUGGACCACAGUGAGGAACACAAGGCGGCACUAGCGAGAGCGGUUGCACUAGACAUUCCGGAAGCUUACUUGCCUAGUGAAUAUGGAACCUUCCGGAAGGCUCAAAGCAUGAAUGACUCAGCCCAUGGGUCCUCAAAGAGAGAAAGCUGGGAUGAGUUAGCUGCUCGGAUUCUUGACACAGAUGAAAAAGGUGAAACUGUGCUGAAGAGUGAUUGGUAUUGAAGAUUUUAGAGGGAUAUGUAUGUAUUUUGAAUUUUCAGAAUCACCAUUCUUUUGUAAGAUUCAUGUACUUGUAUAGCUUGUCGAGUUAUUAUUAUAGCUUGCUCAAUUUGUUAUUUCUUAAAUCAUAAAUGGUUGGGUGGGUGAAAGCCUGAAAGGGGUGGGUCUAAGACCUAUUUACGAAACCAAUGGUAUGGUAACCUG